CGUUUCACGAGACUUCUGACAACCCACAACAGUACGAAAAAAAAUUAUCGAUUUCCAGUCAAACCAAACAUUUCUCAUUCUGAACAUCUGUUGUGCUGCAGAAAAUUACAAGAUGUCUGAAGUUGCUGCUAAAAUCCCCAAGCCAGUGUUGCGAGGGCUUCACAAUGCCUCGAUCAAGCGUAACCUUAUGGUGUCUGGGGUGUUGUGUGUGAUUUCAGUGAUUGCCACAAAGUAUUUGUACGUCGAACCAAAGAAACAAGCAUAUGCUGAUUUCUACAAGACCUACGAUGCCAACAAGGCUUUCGAACGUAUGAGGAAGGCAGGACUCUUGCAAUCGGUGCAGGACUAAACACUUUCCUUCAACAAGCUUAUUCUAGUUCUGCUUCUUCGUGUAUUGCAUAUACAGCUGAUGAAUAAAUAAGAUGUGAUAACAUA